CAGCCCCACCUCUGCCCGCCCGCCCUCGGCUCCCCCGCCGCGCCGCGGAGCCAGGCCGGGAAGCCCACACUGGAGGGCCCGACGCCGGAGCCCCCCCACCCGCCGCAGCCGCACGCCUCGAUGCCGGAGCGCUACAGGGUUCUGCGUGUGAGGAAUACAUAACCUCGUGCCUGCCUGCUCAGCCUGCCUUGGCCCUGCUGACCCCUCAGUCCGAGACGCUGACCCUCCCUGCCCAGCCAAGGGUACCUUGGACACUGCUGUCUCCAGACUCGUGUGGCUGAGUAGACUCAGGCUGUUGUCACACCUGAAGGGACGGAAGAGUGGGCAGUCAAGGCACCAGAGCAAAAGCCCUCUGGGGUCUCAGGCAGAGGAGUGAAACUGGAACCAUCAGGGAACAUGAGUGAAUUUUGGCACAAAUUGGGUUGCUGUGUGGUAGAGAAACCCCAGCCGAAGAAGAAAAGGAGACGAAUUGACCGGACCAUGAUUGGGGAACCAAUGAAUUUUGUCCACCUGACUCACAUUGGCUCUGGGGAGAUGGGGGCCGGAGAUGGACUUGCCAUGACAGGUGCAGUUCAGGAGCAGAUGAGAUCCAAGGGAAACCGAGACAGGCCAUGGAGCAAUUCUAGGGGAUUGUAGCUCCAACAGAAACGGUUCUGCUGUCUGAAGCCUCUGCUCUGUGUCCAGCCCAGAAGAGAUGGUGCCCCCUCCUCGAACCAGUGACCCCACGGCCCCUCUUUUCCCUUUUUGCCUAUUAGUGCCUCAGAAGGCUUGGGGGCUGGACUCCCUCUCUUCCCUCUGGCUCUAGCCCCUCCUGGAGAUGGGCUCAAGGCAGCAGGACUGACCAAGUGACUACUGGUUGGCCAGAGGAGCUCAGCUGAAGCCCUGGACACUCUCAGAUCUGAGAUAGGAGUUUUCUGGGAACCUGGAAGGUGUUCCCUUCUCCUGAAUGACGGUCUAGGUGCCAUCUGUUUUUAAACUCUUAACCUGGAACUCCUUAAAUGGGGUAGGUGGGUGAGAUUACCAAAGCUGAAGCCGGCUUUGCCGAGAAGCUCCUUACCUCCCUGCCCUUCUCCAUUUUCCUCCUGGAAUGAACUGAAACAGACGUCAAGCAGGGGGUAGGAGGCUGACCACUGCCUAGUCUAUCUAUUCUUUCUCUUUAGGUCCCAAAACUUAAGCUCGAUUUCUCUCUGCCACUACCAGCUCUUUCUCCAGGAGGCCUCUAACCCUGUUUCUGCAGCAUUGUGAGUUCUCCAACAUUUCUUUUUAAAUUAAUUAAAAGUUUAAUUUAAGAUGAGUUCUCUUAAUUACCCCCCUCCUUCUACUACCUCUGCCUUCAGCCCUACCCCCGUUAGGAACCUUAUUAUUUCCCACUGAAUGAAAGCUAAGGUAAGAAGUGGGUCUUAACCUGAUGGGAUCCCAUUUAAGUCUUGGGGACCUGGCCUGCCCUCUGCCAAUCUCCCUGCUGGCUCAGGUGAGGAGGAAGAGGGAUCUGGAGAGAAACUCAGAAUGCUGCAAAACUAAGAGGUAUGUCUGAGAAUGUACAUCCUAACCAUUGAGGAUGAGAGGCGUGGUAGGUUAAAAACAAUCUGUGAGGUUAGGGAUGUUAGAUCCUCACCGCAUGGGAGCAGGGAAACCUCCAGAGCAAGGAUUCUCAACCUAGGCACUUCUGACAUUUGGUUGGAUAAUUCUUUGUAAUGAGGGACUGUCCUGCGCAUUAUAGGACAUUCAGUAGGGUGUCUGUCCUAGUUAUGACAGCCAAAAAUGCCCCCUGGUAUUGCCAAAUGUCUCUUAGGAGGCAAAAUCACCCCUAAGUGAGAACCACUGCUCGAGAGUCAAGGUAUUUUUCUCCAAAGUGUUUUCCCCACCCUACUCUCAUCCCAUCAUUCACCCUAAGCCUGAGCCACAGAUGAACCAGGCCCUCUUGCAAAGUAGGCUUACUAGGGCCACACACAAUAUCGAAAACAGCCCUUUAUUCAGUGUGUUGCUUGUGCUUUGCAUGGGUUCGUGUCUCUGGUGGAUUGUACUGUUCUCCAUUCUUCUUUGGAGGAGGGAUUCCUGAAGUGUGGAGGCAUGAACUGAGCAUGGUGAGAUUGGGGAAGGGAGGGAG